ACAACACUAAAAAAAAUCGAAUCAUUCUAUAUUUUGACAAGUAACGCGACUGAAACAACACACCAAACCCCCAACCAACCCUAAAACAACUUCCACUAUUAUCAUUAAACCAGAAAAUUCCUUCAUCACCCUCUAGAACCUUAUAGAACCUUCUAGAAAUUUCCCGAAUUUUCCGCGCCGCUAUAAAUACGGCUCCGAUUCCGCUACUCCUCAGUCCAAAACAUCACCGCUGAGCGAAAAAGCAACGAACAUGUUCUACCCCGCGCUUUCCCACGAUUUUCGCUACUUCUUGCGUUUAUUGAAACCGUGGAGGACCGUCCUGGCUCACCACGACGUCGAGUCUUCGGUCCGCUUUGGCAAAGAGAAGUUCCAGGCGGACUUGGACGUGCAGAACUUCAAACCUGAGAAUUUGAAAAUUAGAGUGACUGAAGAUAACGUGAUAACUGUGGAGGGCAAACACGAAGAGAAGCAAGACGGCGAUGGGUACGUGUCUAGACACUUCGUGAGGAGGUUUGUGUUGCCGAAGGGACACGACAUGACCAAAGUGGAGUCGAGGUUGUCUUCGGAUGGGGUUUUGACGGUUUCGGCGCCGAGGGUCGUCGAGGAGGAGGUGGGAAAGGAGAUACCGAUUGCGAAGACGGGGAAGCCGUAUUGGGGGGACGGCGCCAAGGGGGAGGAGAAGAAGUAGUGGAGUAAAAUAUAUGCAACAUUGUUAUUAAAUAUUGUGUGUCUGUAGUUUCAAAAUAAAGAGUUGUUUUUUAGGA